AUGCUCAAAUUGCAUUCUUUGUCUAUCUGUGAUUGGCCAACCCUUCGGAGAUAUGCCGCCCAAUCGAAUUUCCAGAAAAUUCAGCUCAACUUAGAUGUAAACGGUAGUGGCGUGCAAGGGCUUUCUAGAAUUCCUAGGGGCGUUCUACUCAAUCAACGCCGGCGGGUGAUACUGAGAGUGGCUAGCGCAGAGCGGCCGGAGCGAAUCGACGGCGGUGAAUUAGCUGAUGAGGAAGUUCAAAGUGGCAAUCAAUCAUUGGGGGAGGGCAAUUUAGAUGAGGAGCAGAGGGAAAAAACAAGUCAGUUAAGGAAAAGGAUUAUAUUUGGACUGGGCAUUGGAGUUUUAGUUGGUGGAGUAGUAUUAGCUGGAGAGUGGGUUUUCACAGUGGCCCUUUCCGCAGCAGUGUUUGCUGGUUCCAGGGAGUACUUUGAGCUGGUAAGAAGUCGCGGCAUUGCUUCUGGAAUGACUCCUCCUCCUCGAUUUGUUUCACGAGCUUGUUCUGUUAUCUGUUGUGUUAUGCCUCUGCUCACACUAUACUUUGGGCAUAUUGAUGUAUCUGUGACAUCUGCGGCCUUCUUUGUUGCUACGGCGCUCCUUCUGCAGAGGGGAAAUCCUCGUUUUUCUCAACUUAGUAGUACCAUGUUUGGACUUUUCUAUUGCGGCUAUCUUCCUUGUUUCUGGGUUAAGCUGCGGUGUGGUUUAGCAGUUCCUGCAUUGAAUACGAGAUUUGCAUCAUCUUGGCCUCUCCUUCUUGGUGGCAACACUAUGUGGACAGUAGGUCUUGUGGCCACCUUGAUCUCACUUAGCAGUAUUAUUGCAGCAGAUACAUUUGCAUUUAUUGGUGGCAAGGCCUUUGGCCGGACACCACUUACUGCAGUCAGCCCGAAAAAGACAUGGGAGGGAGCUCUUGUUGGAUUAGGUGGUUGUAUUGCGACUUCUGUUUUAUUGGCCAAGGUCUUUUGCUGGCCUACUUGUACACUGAGUGCUGUAGCUUUUGGGUUUCUAAACUUCUUUGGAUCCCUGUUUGGUGAUCUUACCGAGUCCAUGAUCAAGCGAGAUGCAGGUGUCAAGGAUUCUGGAUCUCUCAUACCGGGACAUGGAGGGAUACUGGAUCGGGUCGACAGCUACAUUUUCACAGGAGCACUUGCUCACUCUUUCGUGAAAACAUUUCUACCACUCUAUGGAAUAUGAUUGGGUGAAUAAUAUGCAAGUCGGUUAUAUCGAGAUGCCAAACGUGCUCAACUUCAUAAUGCCAGCAGCUCUGGAGCUAUCAAAGCAAGAAAGGGAACAAAUCCACCAGGUGCUUCCAGCAUGCAAGUAUGAUUUCCUUCCAAAAUAAUUAAUUUUAUCAUAAAAUAGAUCAUUACAUGCCCCAAAUCUAGGGUUUCUUCCAAAAUGAUAAUUGACCAGUAGCUUCAUAGAGUAUUAUUCUUCAUUUGGAGUUUUAAAUAAGCUGAAAUUCUUGAGCUGCACAUGAGUUUGAGUUUGGCAGGAAAUCAUUUUCAACCCUUGAAUCAUUACUAUAUACAACAGUUGAUAUUGAUGUAUAGCUAAAAACAUGUUAACCUAUGCCUAUCUAGAGAGGGAUUGGCCAUACUUGCAAACU